CCCAAUCUACGCCCUUGUGUGUGAUUGUGUAUGCGCUGCAGUGGCUGUUUGGACUCGUGGUAGUUGCUGCAAGUUUAAACGCGUCCCGCUUUUAUGAAUAUUUUACUUAUUAAAUAUUUUUGCAAGGUCCUGGGUCAGGUACAGACUUGUCUGUGACAUGACAGCACUCAUUUUGUGCAGGAGUUUGGAUUAAGCUCCAGAUGUGAGACAUUUAUCAUGAAAGGUUAAAUCCCAAGUGGACGGCGGUCAAUAACUCUGCGAUGGAAGUACGGGUGAUAAUUACUUUCAUUUUUAUAGCAAUUAACCCAUCUCUUACUGAGGAUGUGAAGAAGUACCUGACAGGCACUGAAGGGGGAUCCAUUACUUUACCUGACCCUGUGAUGGUGCGGGGGUUUGUUACAUUUGGAAGAAUAAUCUUAGCUAUGGUGGAAAAUAAGAAUAUUGAAGUAUAUGAGGAACUUUACAAAGACAGACUUCUUUGGGAGAGUGACACUGGACUCUUUACAAUCACUGGCCUGCAGAGGAACGACUCAGGGAUUUAUAAUAUUGACUCUAAAAAAGGAAACGUUUUCACUGCAUCAUAUAAACUCACAGUGUAUGAGUCUGUACCAACUCCUGCUGUGAGCACACUGAGUGUGAGCGCUGAUGGCUGCACCUUGCUGUGUUUUGUGAAGAAAGCUGAGGAAGCGACACUGUCGUGGUACAAAGACGAGGAAAUACUGAACCAGACCGGCUCCGUUCUCUCUUUGCCUCUGACUGUGCACAGCCAGGAUUUCAGCUUCUCUUACAGAUGUGUAGCAACCAAUCCUGCUGAAAACAAGACUCGUCCAGUCGACAUUACAACACUCUGCAGUGACCAAAACAACACAGACAACAGGGGCAACAUGAACACAAGACAUUAUGUGAUUGGAAUUGUAAUUCCCAUCAUGUUGGCUGUAAUUAUAUUUGUCAUCACGUGGAAGUGUCUCGACAAAAACAAGAGGACAAUCAGACAAACACAAGAUUCAGUGAGCAGCGAACCAGACCUAUACUAUGCUGACAUUGAUAUUUCUGAAGACAGACGCAGUCAGGUUGGUCUGCAAACACACCCACAGGGGAGGACUUUACCAGUUUCAUCAGGAAGUGCCGACAAAUCCAAUCUAAAAACAGUCUAUGAUAAACUGGAGGUUCAUCGCAUGGUGCCGAUUCAUACAGACACUGAUUAUAAUGUCUGAGACCAAACGAUGGACUGCUCACAUCAUCAACAAAUAUGGCAGCUUAGUCAGAUGUCCUGUGUUUCAAACUAGGAGCUAGGAGAAGUUCUGAACUGAAGAAAAAAAAAAGGCACAUUUGAUGUACGACUCCACCUGAUAAGCAGAGUCCAUCAUUUGGUGGUGUGCUGUCUGUUGGUGGGUCAUUUCCUGUGCAAAUGGCUGAAAUGAGUGUGACUGUCCCCCCCUGUGUUGACUACAAUCUGGGACCCCUCGAGUGUCACUUUUGGACAUGUCAGUCUCUGUGUCAAUUUCCGCUCAUUACAUCUUACAGUGUCUUCAAAAUGAACUUUUGUCUUUACAGGAAACAUGGUUAGGUUUAGAGAAAUGAUCUGACGACUGUGUCACCUGACAAUUAAAUCAUGUGACAUGCACCAGUAACUACAUUAUGUGGUUAAAAAAAACUCAAGUUGACUUUGAUUCACACGGGACACAAACAGCAGUCUUCUAGAUGAAAGUCCAGUGUGUGUUUGACCCCACCACAACUACUUCUUUCCACUGUAUUCUGUAACGGGUAGUAUUAGGACCUAAUUGCAACACAACAAAGACCAGGAACAGUCUGUUAUGGUGUUUACUUUUACAACUCAGUAGAUACAGGUCAGGACCAGUAAACAGCACACAAUACAGUUCAACACUCCAGCAAAGUCUCUCCACAAGGGCCUUGGCAGCCUGGCUGGUUUGGCAGGCUGAACCGGGCCGAGAGGCAGGUGAGUGAGUGGUGGCAUUAGCAACGGUACCAUGAAGGAGCAGGCAGGGGAUGUAGUCGUGGAGGUAGAAGAUCCAGAACCAGGUAAAUACACAGUCCAGGCAGGCGAACCAGUAGGAGACAGGCAGAAGAUAGGUCAAGGCCAGGCAGAGAGCAGAGAAGCUAGCAGGUAAGUACUUACAGGACACACAAAUACAAUGGGAAGUGUGGCAACCGCAGCAACCAGAGGUAAGCAGAGUGGAACCCUCACACUAUAGCGUCGUCAUCAGAUGGUAACACCAAGCAGCCACAGGCAAACCGGAACCCAGGAUGUGGAAGCAGAUGUCAUGGUCAGGGACAGAAGCGUGGUGCGUUCACCAGGAAUAAGAUGAAGCAGGCAGGUCAAAGACAGGCGGGGUCUGCUAUGGGAAAUCAGUCUGGAAGAAAGUGCUGGAGAGUCUUGCAUGAGUGGCGUAGAACAAUCUGGCAAUGAGUGUCUGUGAGGCCCGGGUAUAUAUUGUGGCUGUGAGUAAUGAGGAACAGGUGAACUGAGUUGCCUUGAUGAAGUGGUCAUGAUUAAAGCUGAGGCUCUGGAAACCGAGUAGAGCAGGUGACCAGGAAUUCAGAACUCUGAGAGGCCUUACACGUUGCCGGCUCUUUUCAUAAACGGACAUUUCACCGUCUCCGUUUUCAAAAAGAUCUUCAUUUACACUUACCCGUGUAUAUAUACACAAGAGCAUGCCAAACCUGUAGGUGGCAGUGUAACGAGAGGCUCAAGCCUUCCAUGUAUCCAUUGUCACCAUAGCAACAUAGGUCGCACUUUUGACACAGGCGCAAGUUCAGGCGCAUACUGUGAUGUCGACUGCCUAUAACUCCGUUUAUCUCCGUUUAUCUCAGUUUACAUGCAAACCUCCACUCUGGCCGGAGUUUUUAGAAAGACUCGUUUUCAGAGGAGAAAUCUCCGUUUGCAUGUAAACAAAGGGCACAAACGAAGGAAGAUGUCUCCGUUUAUCAAAAUCACCGUGUACGUGUAAACGGCCUCUACCUUUCUGGCUCUUUCUGCAACGUAAUUGCGGCAGACAGGAUUACAUAAGAGUUAUGUGAGACACCCUGGGAAUGAGAACAGGUUACCCACAUACAUGGACAACAGAGCGAUUCCAGAGACAGUGGACCUUUUGGUUUUGAUUUACUCAUAUCUGCACUGUUUGUAGACAAUCCGAAGGACAGACGUGAUGAAUGCAUUUCAUUUUCUAUUUAUUUUAUAUUAUUGUUCUUGUAAAAUAUUUAUUUUUACUGAAUCUUUGUCUCACAUUAUUAAGGUUUGCAUUUUUUUCUAAUAGCCAGCAGUGGAUGACUCCACUGGCUGCGAAAAAAAAAAAAAAGCUUGACUGAACACGUUUAUGUGAAAAUGACUCUUCAUGAAUUUCCAUUUUGUUUAUUAUCUCAGUUAACAUUUUCCUAAUGAGUUUAUGGUCUCAAUCGCUAGUUUUAAGUCUUCUACAGAGCAGCGUGAUGUUCAUUCUGUAAAUUACAGUCCCAUUUAGAGUAAAAUAGAUGAUAAAGUAUGGUACAGAAAAGAUCUUUUUUGUCAUUGUGCUUCAAACAAUGAAAACCCAUUUAGCAACUCCUCAGUAUGCUUUAAAGUAUGUGUCUGCCUUGUGAAUGACAAGUAGCUAUCAUGACGUUGUCCUCGGGUUCUCAGUCAGAUCCACCCUCUCACCCAUAUAUGAUCACUUCUGGCUCCAAAAGACUGAAACGACACCAUCAAAAUUGCCAAACCAAAAGCACUAAAACAGUAGUCCACAAACCAGUUGGUGAUGUCACAGUGGCCACUUCUUUAUACAGUUUAUGGUUAUUGAUUACUUUAAUUUUCUAAGGCAGAUGGUUGCCAUGAAUUUUUUAUGACGACUCCCCAUUAUCCUAAUUAUACAUACAAAUAAAACCUUUGUGUAAUGUAUUGUACUUUGUCACCUUCACAGCAGAUGGUAGGCAUUGAAAAGAAUAGUCAUUGUUUGAUAGCCUGCAGGCAGGUGCAACUCAUACAGUGCUAUAAAAAAAAACAGCUUCAUUCAUAGGAAGGAGGAAAAGAAAGACAAUAACAGUUUGGUUGGUUACAUGUAGGUUAAUACUGUGUAUUCAUGUUUCCUUAUAGGCUUACCUUUCAACUGGUGCUUCCAGUCCAUGUAGUAUAGUAUUCAUUUCCUUGUAGACAUAAGCAGGCCUGCUCUCGAUGGGGUCAGAAGGUACAGAUGACCCCUACCCAAGGCCAAAGGGGGGCCCACGAAAAGGUCGCGUCCAACAUUUCCUUACACUGACAAUACGAGUUAUAUGUAUUUACGUGAUAAAUAAUUAUAUUUUUUAACACUGACACACAUUUCAACGUGCCAUAUGAUAUGAUACACUUAUUUUGGUGUAUUUCAAUAUUUCUGCACACUGGCGUCCCUAAACAGUCUUGGGAUGAGAUAAAUUGGGUAUGACUGUAAAACUGAGUUGACAGCCACACUAGGCUAUCUCAGUUCUGUACACAGUUUAAGAGAUAAGAUAAACUUUAUUGUCCCGCAAGGGAAAUUCAUCUUGGGCAGUAUAGUGCAAACAGCUGCAGUAUUCACAUACAUACAUACAUACAUACAAUCAACACAGACAAGUUGCCAACAUAGUGCACUGAGUGUGUUACAGUUACGGACUACUGGUGCAAGAGUAGUGCGACCAUUUGCCUUGUAUGUAAGGUUACAAUCAAAGGGAACUACAGGUAUUGCACUGGCCUAUCUCAAAGUGCAAGUGAGUGCAGAUAAAAACAAAUAAAUACAGAGGUCAAAUAAAAACACCAGUAAAAACAAUUAAAAUUAUAUUAAAUCAGUUGCAAAUAAAAACAAUACUAGAUAAGAUCAACAAUGACCAGACCAUUUAGGCAUAAAAUAGCCCUGCGCACAUACGGCUCAACCAGGGGGGCAUCGCAGGGCCAGCAGGUGAGCAGGCAACCACCUAUUAGCAUAAUUGAGGAGAAUUCAGUAAUAAGCAAUGGUAAACAAUGAUUAACGGUGAAUUUGACGGGCAGGGGAUCAGCAGCCAUAAGCCUCCCCCCUGCCCACGUUAUAUGUUCCAUAUAAAAUUACCAGA